AUAUAGGCGGAGACUCAACUCCAAUGGUAGCCAACGCGUACUGGGGACUGAACGACGCGAAGUAGGUUUGGAAGAACGAGAUUGUCACAUUUGUUUGAAUAUGUCAACUUUGAACCAUACCGUCAUUUAGAAAAGUGUUUGACUAGCUAUUUUGGUAGUUUACCUCCGAAGGAAAAGUGUAAAAAUAAGCAAGGGUGUUUGUUAGAUUGUAAUGAACCGCGUGCUUGGUAGACAUCUAAUGAUAAAGGGAAUUGCAGUUCUUGACCUGAACCCAGUUCAAACUCCUUGCAUGGUUUUGUUCCCGAUGUUCGAAAUGACUGAGGAAUAGGUGAUAUCAUCUAGACGCGGAUAUAGUAUGAGGCCACAAAGUUCUGGUGGACUGGUAAUGGACAAAGAGACCGUCUCAAUAUUCUGCACCGAUCCAGACGACAGAGCUUUAGUCUAAUGAGAUCCGACUGCCGACAACAUACUUUGCGCCAGUAAACUUAACUAACGGGAAUCUUGAACUGAGCGUGCUAAACGAUAUGUGGAGUCCUUGGCUGUUGACGUACCGUACAGCUCUCAGCUGCAUGGUUUGGGUAAUAUUUAUUCAAAGUGUCAAAGGUCUCAAUAUAUGCAUGAGUGGCAGCGCUACAUCCUGCGAGGAAUGUCUUCUCAUCCACCCUAGCUGCGCAUGGUGCUCUCAAGAGGAAUUCGGUAGGGUGCGGACCCUCAUAUCACGGUGUGAUCUGAGUCAGAAUCUGCAGAAGCGAGGCUGUGAUGCCCGCUUCAUCGAGAACCCCAGGAGCACCGCCUCGGUGCUGAAGAGCGAACCCCUGAGCUCCAAGGGGUCGGGACCGACUCAGUAUGACGUCAUCCAGAUCAUGCCUCAGAAGAUCUCUCUGAGUCUUCGACCAGGGGACCAGGAAUCAUUUGAGGUGCAGGUUCGUCAGGUGGAGGAUUACCCGGUGGAUCUCUACUACCUUAUGGAUCUGUCGCUUUCCAUGAAGGAUGACCUGGACACCAUACGCAACCUAGGCACCAAACUUGCUGAUGAGAUGGGAAAACUCACCAGCAACUUUAGGCUGGGCUUUGGGUCCUUCGUGGACAAGAACAUGUCGCCGUUCUCCUAUACGGCACCCAAGUACCAGGAUAACCCAUGUGAUGGAUACAAGCUCUUCCCAAAAUGUGUUCCCUCGUUUGGUUUCCGACACCUUCUGUCCCUGACUGACAAGGUGGACCGCUUCAACGAGGAGGUGCAGAAGCAGAUGGUGUCUCGCAACCGUGACGCCCCAGAGGGCGGGUUCGAUGCCAUCUUGCAGGCUGCGGUUUGUAAGGAGAGGAUAGGCUGGAGAAAGGAGGCCUUCCAUCUCCUUGUGUUUGCCACAGAUGAUGUGCCCCAUCUGGCCCUGGACGGUAAACUGGGAGGCCUAGUCCAGCCCCACGAUGGCCAGUGCCACCUGAAUGAGAAGAACGAGUACAGCGCCUCCACUGAAAUGGACUACCCAUCUUUGGCUCUCUUGGGAGAGAAGCUGGCAGAGAACAACAUUUAUCUUAUCUUUGCUGUGACUAAACGACUCUAUGUCAUUUACAAGAACUUUACAGCCUUAAUACCAGGGACCACUGUGGAGAUCCUGGAUCAGGACUCAAAAAACAUUAUCCAGCUAAUCAUCAAUGCCUACAAUAACAUCCGCUCCAAGGUGGAACUGACAGUGUGGGACCAACCUGAGGACCUCAGCCUGUCCUUCAGCGCUACCUGCCAGGACGGACAACCUCUGCAGGGCCUCAGGAAGUGUGCCGACCUCAAGAUAGGAGACACGGUGUCCUUCAAAGUGAGCGUGGACUCAUGGAACUGCCCCCCCCGCGGCAAUCAGCAGAGCUUCACCAUCCGGCCCGUCGGCUUCAAGGACCGUCUCGAGGUGUCCGUCGACUACAAAUGUGACUGUGGCUGCACGGGCCUCACCCAGGCCAACAGCUCCCGCUGCAGUUCCAUCGGCGCGUACACCUGCGGCACCUGCCGCUGCGAGCCGGGCUACCUGGGCGCCCGCUGCGAGUGCCAGGAGGGCGACGCGGGCAGCCUGUACCUGAGCGCCUGCCGGGAGGCGGAGGGGAAGCAGACCUGCAGCGGACGGGGGGAGUGCAGCUGUAACCAGUGUCUGUGCUACGAGUCCGAGUUUGGCAAGAUCUACGGCAGCUUCUGCGAGUGCGACGACUUCUCCUGCGCCCGCCACAAAGGCAUCCUGUGCUCAGGUCACGGGGAGUGUCACUGCGGGGAGUGUAAGUGUCAUGCGGGCUACAUCGGGGACAACUGCAACUGCUCCACAGAGAUCUCCUCCUGCAUGUCAGAAGACGGGCAGACGUGCAGCGGCCGUGGCCACUGUGUGUGCGGACGCUGCCAGUGCACAGAGCCCGGAGCCUUUGGAGACUCCUGCGAGAAAUGCCCCACCUGCCCCGAUGCCUGUGGCACCAAGAGGGAGUGUAUCGAGUGUCGCCUCUUCAGCACUGGACGACUCGCCGACAACCAGACCUGCCAACGUCUGUGUAAGGACAAGAUCAUCACAGUAGAAACUCUCAAAACGGAGGACCCCAACGCCGUCCUCUGCUUGUUCAAGACCGAGAACGAAUGCGUCAUGAAGUUCACUUACUCGGAACACGCCAACGGACAAUCUGUCCUCACAGCUCUGGAAGAGCCAGAAUGUGGCGCCGCGCCCGACGCCAUGACGGUGCUGCUGGCUGUGGUUGGCAGCAUCCUGCUGGUUGGCAUCGUGCUGCUGGCCGCCUGGAAACUGGUCAUCACCUUCCACGACCGGCGAGAGUUUGCCCGCUUCCAGAGCGCGCGCUCCCGUGCACGAUACGAGAUGGCCUCCAACCCACUGUACAAGCAGCCCAUUUCCAGCUACCCUGUAGAGACUGACUUUAACAUGUGCGGGAAGAACUACAACGGAGCAGUCCACUGAUCCAUCACCACGGGGGGUGGUGGGGAGGGGCACGGCAGGACCGGUCCAUUAUAAAAAUUAAAAAAAACACAGUGGGGUGGGAAGGGAGGGGUAUGAACUCAAUAGUCCACUGACGAAGAUUGAUAAACAGAAGUGAAAUGGACUGGACUUUUUCCAGUCCAGGGAAUGUGUGGCCUUCUUGAGGAAGUGCAGUGACUGACUGUGGUGAUGUGGUGAAAUGAGAUUUGACUUCUGCUCUGGUCCAUGUGACACGAGGCUGUCAGAGCGGGGGGACCCAGCACAGCAGCUGCGAACCAAGGACUCCUGGAGCUCCUGUGUGAAGGGCAGAGAUGAAGAUGUGCUCCGAGUUUGUGUACUUUGGUAGCACAUGGAUGUUAUAAGUGGAACAGAAGUCUAUGAAGCCCUAUCUGUUACAGACUAUUUGAGUGCAUUCGCCAACUUUACAUGAACUGUAACUCUUAAGCAAGCAGCAGUAUACCUUGUACAGACCAGGAAAGGCAUUGACUUAUAUUUGUAUGUAUAUUUUUUUAGACUGUCAACUGCCUUUCCUGCUGCCAACUAUGCACCCUAGUUCCCUCCUAACUAGUGGAUACCUUGAGUACAGACAAGAAGUGUUGAUUUUGUAAAAUUCAAGAGCACAUAUUUUUGACUGAUGGGGUACUAACUUUAGGACAGCUGUAGACUUCUCACCCUUGUUUUGCACAGCAGGUAAUCGGAGUCCGUUUGAAAGUCACUUAAAUGAAUCUGACUAUAUGCUUAUGGUGUCUAUGGUCACACUGUCUUUACACUCCCCUCUACAGUCCUUUAACCCUGAUUUCCAAAUCAUCCAUCAGCCAUGCUUGGAGAUCUAAAAGGCCUGGACAGGGGGUCAUCCAUGUCUGGGUGUAUUGGUUAACAUAUGACUAACAUGAAGUCAUUUAAUGUUUUGGUAAAUGGAUAGAGCCUAGGCAAGGGAUUGAUUUGGAAUCAAACACGUGACUGUAAUGUGUCUUGUCUUCAGCCUUGUGGGGAGACGUGUACAUGUUCCUCCCUCUACCACAGGAGAUAGGCCAGAGCCUGGCUCCAGAGAGAACCGGCCUGUGGCAGGAGAUUGGAGGGGCACAUGUUCUGUGGCCUUUUGGGGAUAGUCCUAAGAAGUGCGUGUGUAUGUACGUGUGUUCACAAAAUGUGCGUGCAUGUUACGGUCUGUGUGCAUGUGUGUGGUGCCAACCAUAAGAAUCACUUCAAAACUUUCAAACUGCCUUGGGCUUACUUGUUUAUGUUGGGUAAUGAAUUGUCCCAGACAGUCUCCUUGUGCAGCGUUGAAUCUUUUUCAUGGAUACAAUAUCCCGCAAUACAGGACAUACUGUAAGUAUACAACAGAUCAAUAAAUGACAGAUUUAAAU